AUGGAAUACCGGGAGAACUACUACGAUACCAUGGCCAAUUCCCAACGCGUUUCCUCGCAAGGGGAGUGGAGCCCUCCACCACCACAGUUCGAAGAGCACGACCACAUAUACACAGCGCAAGAUUCUUCCCAUGCUAACUCUCCGCCCUCACCAUACUCAGCAAUGCCGCACUCACCGCCACCGCCGUUGUCUCCGUCUCUACAUACCUUCCAACACGUCGCGCCGCAGGAGUAUAAUCAAGGUGUAUCUACCGAGAAGGAGACACCUUACACCACCCACAUGGCCGUUGGAAGUCCCACACCUGAUUACUCUGCACCGCAAGUGGUACCUAGCCAGCGAGCGUAUCCUUUUGGCAGUCAACCGUUCUCGCCUGCUUCACAUGGAGGCAGCACACUCGGUUCGCCUCAGCCGAGGCCGUACACGUUCAAGGAGCACGUCGAUACAAACGAUCAACACACAUCUCGCGCGGGCUCAGUCCCUCCUCCAGUCCCACCAAAGGAUGAUAGAAAGUGUGGGAUGAAGAAGCGCACCUUCUGUUUGCUGAUGGGAUGCGUUGUGUUCUGGCUCAUUGCUCUCGCAGUGGGUCUUGGUGCAGGACUGGGCAUAGGCUUGAAGAAGAAAGGUGGCAACGAAGUGCAGUCUGAUCCGUUCUGCCGUGAGCAUCCUAGGCUUUGCAUUGGUGGCGCACUUAACGCCGAGUACAUUUCAAAGAAAGGAGCUUUCAAUGGAUCUGGAAUUGCGUUGGCUGGAGAGUCUUGGAACCCGAAUGACGGAACGCUCUUCACCCUGUACUUCCAGCAUCACACUGGAGACAUCAGGUCUCUGAAGUACACCAAGGGUCAGAAGUGGGUGGGCGGUUCCGAAUCCACCAUCGUUGCGAGCGACGCAAAGAAUGCAACUCCUAUAUCAGCGGUCUCGUAUGUUGCCAACGCCACGCAAUUCUUCCACGUGUUCUACGUCGGUAAGGACAACACGGUCAAGCAAGUAACUCAGACCAACGCUUCAACCACUGCCCUGCUCUGGACCCCAGGAACCAUCAACUCCCAGAAUCUCAAAGUCUACGACUCCCCCAGCAGCGGUCUGCAAGCGUGCUGGAAAGGCAACUACUACGGCGAUUCGGACUUUACAAACUUCCCCACCAACACAGGCAAACCAAACGAGAUACCCUUCGACAACCGACUGGGCAUGAACCUCUGGUACGCCCUCGACAACUCCACCUUCCAGCAGUACGCCUGGUACGCGGGCAACGACGACUGGCAGCAGAUAAAAAAAUGGCAAGGCUUCAACACGCAAGCCGGCGUCGGCUGCUUCAGCUGGGGCGCCGGAACGACGCAGUACGCGAUGAUGGUGAGCAAAGACGAGGACGUGGAAUUCUACUGGAAAGACUCAGACACAAACACCAGCACCCAAGUGCGCAACGACGAGCAUCCGAUCAACGCGUGGGAAAACGCAACCGCCGCCGCGAUCCAGGACGUCUGGCCCUCCACCUCGCUCGGCUACACCUCCUUCUUUUACGCGCAGCUGGCCGAUCGCAGCAUCCGCGGCUACGACGUGCUCUUUGGCGCGGAGAAUACGUCGUAUCCGCACCGCGAGAACUUUACCGUUCAGACGCCCGCCGCGCCGCUGUAUGCGCUGGGCGGCACCCAUUUCAGCGUUACCUCGGUGAGCGAGAUGAACGAAAAGGGCGAUGUGUUGUACGAUAGCCUGUAUGUGUUCUUUCAGACGCAAGGGGAUGAUAUCACGGCUGCGACGAGGAGGGUGCACGGUGGUGAGUGGACGAUUGCGCCGCUGAAGGUGCCGGAUGCGUAG